UCAAUCCGCCACACGAAGUGGAAGGGCUGAGAAAGUGACGAAGGCUUGAUGUAGUGGGGUUUCAAGAGGGCUCGAGAAGUGUUUUUAUUAUUUUAAAGCGUGGCACGCCAAAGAUUUAGAGAGUACACAGCCAAAAUGCUCUGCCACGUUACUCGCCCGGAUUCGGUGGUGAUGGAAGUGGAAGUUGACGGGAAGGCGAACGGUGAAGACUGUCUGAAUAAGGUUUGCAGAAAGUUGGGCAUAAUUGAAGUGGACUACUUUGGGCUGCAGUUCACCGGCAGCAAAGGAGAGAACCUGUGGCUAAAUCUGAGGAACCGCAUCUGCCAGCAGAUGGAUAAUGUGACGCCCUGUCGAUUGAGGCUGCGGGUCAAGUUCUUUGUGGAGCCCCAUCUCAUUCUGCAGGAACAGACGAGACACGUCUUCUUCAUGCACGUGAAAGAGGACCUCCAUAACGGUCACCUACGCAUGGGCUCAGAACAAGCAGAGGAGCUGAGUGCACUCCUGGCACAGGCCGAGUUUGGUGACUACAACCAAAACACAGCCAAGUACUGGUACUCAGAGCUGUGUGGAGAGGAGCCCACCACUGCCACUAUCAACAGUAUCAUAUCCAGACACAAGGCCCUGGAAGGUUUGAGUCAGGCCUCAGUGGAGUAUCAGGCUCUGCAGCUGGUCUCCUCUCUGGAACAUUACGGUGUGGAGUGGCACUGGGUUCGCGAUGCAAAUGGCCAACGGUUGGCGAUAGGAGUCGGCCCUGAAGGGAUUGCCAUUUGCAAGGAGGACUUCAGCUUAGUCAACAGAGUAAGCUAUCCAGUCAUCCAGAUUGCCACUCAGUCGGGGAAAAGUGUAUACCUGACAGUUACCAAGGACACAAGUGACAGCGUGGUGCUUAUGUUCAAGCUGAUCAGUAACCGGGCAGCCAGUGGCCUGUACCGGGCCAUUACAGAGACCCACGCCUUCUACAGGUGUGACACAGUUACUAAUGCAGUGAUGAUGCAGUACAGCAGAGACUUUAAAGGCCACCUAGCUUCACUUUUCCUCAAUGAAAACAUCAACCUGGGCAAGAAGUACGUGUUUGACAUCAGACGUACCUCCAAAGAAGUGUACGACCACGCCCGCCGCGCCCUCUACAACUCUGGCAUCGUGGACCUGGUGUCCCGCUCUGGCAGCGGCGAGCGCUCCUCUCCUUCACGCUCGCCGAGCAGUGAUGAGCAGCAGGACGAAGGGUUGGACUGUGGCAGCUGCCAGCAGAGCCGAGCCCUACAGGAGCAGCUGCAGAAGCUCAGAGAGGCUCUGCUGUGCAUGCUAUGCUGCGAGGAGGAGAUAGAUUCUGCGUUCUGCCCCUGCGGACAUAUGGUGUGCUGCCAGAACUGCGCGAGUCAGCUUCAGUUGUGUCCUGUCUGUCGGUCGGAGGUGGAGCAUGUGCAGCACAUCUUCCUACCCACGUGCACCAGCCUGCUCAACCUGACGCUGACCGACAACCACCAACACCGCAGCGGCAUCCCUGCAACCAUUCACAGAGAAAUGGCUUCUCACAGUUGCUCUGCCACGGAGUACGACCACAAGCUCUAUCACACAUAAAGACAACUCCAUGCUUUUUCUCCACUUUUGAAGCUGUACCAGCCAGAUUAAGGUUUCACAAAGAAGCAACAUUUCUCAUCCUUCUAUGUUUCCUGCCUGGACUCCUUGAAUUACCAAACAUAUAGAAACUCCUGAGCGUAAUCAAAGAUCAACACACUCAAACCACUCCCUCAGCUAGUGUGUGUUUGUGUGUGUGUGUUUUUACUAUUUCCCUUGUCUUUUUGGACUGUUGGUUUGUCUGGUCGGUUCUUAGUAUUUUUGGUAUUGUUUGUGUGUCAUUCUGUUCAAAUGUAUGUUUUAAACACCAUUAUCCCCUGCCACUACCUGAUUUUUAAAUUGGGCUCUUAUUCAUCCUUAAAUUAUUGCAUCAGUUGACCUGAUCCAGAAUAGAAACAUUCUUUUGUUUUUGAAUUAUGCUUUGAAUUGUCUGUUGGUUGUUUUUCUUUGCUCCAUAUCAAGCUCCUAGCCCCAGAACCCUAACCAUAUAAUGAACUUGUGUUUCAGAAAAGCCCUUACACUGUACAUAAUGGUCUUCCACUGGCUGCCCGGACAUUUUAAAGCUUAUCUGUUUUGAUUUGAUAACUGAGUUUUAUGGUGUUACGGAGUGAAACGCAUUUUUUAUUUUUUAUUUUUAUGUUUGGCAUGGAAAAAAUGAUAAACAAUUAGUGGGAGUUUAGAGGCUAAGCAGCAGUGCGCAGGGUAUAGCACUGCAUACUUUUUAGACACACCAGGCACAAAGACCACCAUGGCACUACUCUUGUGGAAGUUCUUUUAGCCCACCACAACUCUGCCCAUCAACAUGAAAUGCAGUAUCUUGCUGACACACUCACAAUUUCCUUCACCUCGAAACGGGUCUUUAUGAUUAACCGCCGCUUGUCCACAGCAACAAGCCCAGUUUCAUAGUCUGCUGCACCUUUAACAUUUUUAUGUCCAUGCCAAUGAAGUUAGACAUUAAGAGCACAAAAAGCUCUUCUACUAGACACUUAACCACAAGGCUAAAAAAUAGGAAUUUGUCCAGCAGCAGCUGCUUUUGAAAACCUCAGCUGUAAUUUUCUUCUCUGGGUUGUACUAGUGAGUUCCUUUUUGAUAUUUUUGAAGGGUACUAGGAGAUAUGUCCGUGCAAUACUUGCUUGCUUUUUGAAAAGCUUUUCAUUUAAGUUUUAUUUAAUUUCAAAGACUAUAUUUUAAAUAAACAAAACAAAUGACAUUGUCACUUUACCAAGGAAGUUUUCCAUGUCUGUAGAGGGUUGGCCUUAAUGUAGCAGCAACGCCGUGUUUAUAAUAAACUUUCCACAGACUAGAAAAGGAAAACAUUAUUUCUUUACUUUUUCACAUUAUACAGGUAGCGAUUUGUUUCUGUUUUCUGAAGCAAAAGCCACUAUGCUCUGUAAAAUAACUCUUAAAAUUAAACCAUUUUUAUAUAUUCUGUUUUUAACAAAAGUAUUAAUAAAGUUGUUUUUAAAAAACAAA